AUGCGCUUGUUUUUGUUUCCCUCAAGCCAUGUCUCCUUCGUCGACUGCCCCGGCCACGACAUUCUCAUGGCGACAAUGCUAAACGGUGCAGCGGUCAUGGAUGCUGCCCUUCUUCUGAUUGCCAGCAAUGAGCCUUGCCCACAGCCCCAGACAAGCGAGCACCUCGCCGCAGUCGAGAUCAUGCGUUUGAACACCAUUAUAAUCCUGCAAAAUAAGAUCGACCUCAUAAAGGAGGCCACUGCACACGACCAGUAUGAACAGAUUGUGAACUUCACUAAGGGUAGCGUUGCUGAGAACGCGCCUAUUAUCCCUAUUUCGGCCCAGCUGAAGUACAACAUUGAUGUUGUCUGUGACUACAUCGUGAAUAGCAUUCCGGUACCAGUACGCGACUUCACCUCGGAUCCCCGUCUGAUUGGUACGCUCUUAGAUGCGCUUUCAAAUAUCUCAUUAGCGAGCCUCUUUUUCUGUUUUUGCUUUAAUUUAUAA